AUGGCCCCCAAGUCUCGCGUGCUCCUGAUCGGCGCUGGAGGAGUCGGCACCAUCGCUGCACUCAAUCUGGAGCGCGGGGGGUGUGGUGGCCAGGGGAUACGAGAUUCUAUCCCUGUGAACACGGCCAUCUUCGCCAUUGGCGGGCCGACCGCCGGUAAUCUGUCAACCAUUCUAUUCCAACAAAUUCAAUAUGAUGGGCCUAAUUCGCAUCCCAUCCCAGUCUUAAAUGCUGUCCCCCAUGUGGCGCCUGACGAGAAGCGCCAGUUUUUCCGACUACAUCGUGUGCAACCACCAAGAACAUCCCCGACGUCGGCCCCUCAAUCUAACGCCAUCCUCGCUGGCGUGAGCAUCAUCGACGCCCACGAGAUCGCCCCGGCGGAUAUCCAGCGCGAGGCUGCGGAGCGAUUCGUACGUCUCUACGGUGCAGGCGGCAAGACGGAUGUCCGCUACGAGUCGGACUGGAAGCGCGGUCGCUGGAGAAAGCUGGUCUUCAAUGCAACCGUUCAAUCCCAUAUGUGCUCUGACGAGCGCGAACACGGGCCAUCUACGAGUCUCCGGCAGGGCUCUGGAUUCCUUGGUUAUCCCCGCGAUCUCCCCGGGGAUGUCAUCGAGACGACGAUCCGCAUGUAUCCGAGCGAGAGCCAGAUUUGCCCUAGCAUGCAGGAAGAUAUGGAAAGGGGCAAUCUUCUCGAACAUGAGAACCUUUUCGGGGAGGUGGUCCGCGAGGCCCAGAGACGAAGUGUCCCCACGCCUAUUCUAUCCGUGCUGUAUGAACUCUGCUCGGCUGUUCAGUGGAGGGUACAGAACGAGAGCAAGCAUCGUCGAUAG